GGCGGGCGACCCGGCCCUCGGGUUCCGCCGGGCGGGCGCGGCGGCGGAGGGCGGCGGGAGCCGGCGCCAUGGAGCCGGCGGAGGUGAAGGACCGCAUCCUGGAGAACAUCUCCCUCUCCGUCAAGAAGCUGCAGAGCUACUUUGCUGCGUGUGAAGAUGAGACGCCAGCCAUCAGAAACCAUGACAAGGUCCUGCAGCGGCUCUGUGAACAUCUGGACCAUGCUCUGCUCUAUGGACUGCAAGAUCUUUCCUCAGGCUACUGGGUGCUGGUCGUUCACUUCACCCGCCGCGAAGCCAUCAAACAGAUAGAGGUGCUUCAACAUGUGGCCACCAACCUGGGACGCAGCCGGGCGUGGCUGUACCUAGCCCUCAAUGAAAACUCAUUGGAGAGUUAUUUGAGGCUGUUCCAGGAGAACCUAAGCCUGCUGCAUAAAUACUACGUCAAGAACGCCCUGGUUUGCAGUCAUGAUCACCUGACCUUGUUCUUAACGCUGGUGUCUGGGCUGGAGUUCAUCCGCUUUGACUUGGAUCUGGACGCUCCUUACCUGGAUCUGGCCCCGUACAUGCCAGAUUACUACAAGCCUCAGUACCUGCUAGACUUCGAGGACCGCCUGCCCAGCUCCGUGCAUGGCUCGGACAGCCUCUCUCUCAACUCCUUCAACUCUGUCACCUCCACCAACCUGGAAUGGGACGACAGCGCCAUAGCUCCCUCCAGUGAAGGAGCAUCUCACUUCCCUGGGAAUGUAGGUGGAGUUGGGGAAUUUAGCAUCAGAGGACAAGCUUUGCCCUUUAAUCAGACCCCUGGCUUUGCAAACAUUAAUGAGUCAAACAUCACGGUAUCUGUGGGAGAUUAUGAUUUUGGAGAUGUCUUUCCAGCAAUGCAGUCCAUGCCCAGCAGAGACUGGGAAGAUGGAGAUCUCACAGACACGCUCAGCUGCCCACGCUCUACUGCCUCGGAGGCAAAUGGCAGCAAGGCCUCCGUGAAAAGCCCAACGCAGCGCUAUAACCCCUUCAACGAGGAGAAAGCCGACACGCUGUCCUCCACUGAGACCACCCCAGUGCACACAGCUUCCCAGGAGAAGGCAGAAGCUACCCCUGAAGGAACAGACCAGUCCGAGAGCUGCACAGAGCUGGAGGUCAUCAGGUUAGCCAAGAAAAAGAAAACAGGCAAGAAGAAGAAAGCAAAGCCAGAGGAGCCAGCGAACGCACCUGUGCCCACAGUGCCCAAGACCAGCACGCAGCAGGCCAGUGGAGACAGCGGCGUGAACGGGCUGAGCGACAGAGAAGACUCGCAGAGGGAUGACGGUCCUGCUGCCCCGGCUGGGGAGCCAAGCCCGGGCGGGCAGGAGGAGGGUCGCGAGCGCUCUGCCCUCAGCCAGCUGGCUUUGCGUAUCCCUGAGAUGAAGGACACGUCCAUGGAGAGCGUGGGGCAGCCGCUGAGCAAGGUGAUGGACAGGCUCAAUGGGCAGCUGGACCCGGGCGGCUGGAACGCCCCCCUCGAGCCCCCCGGGCAGUCCUUUCGGACUGGCACGCCAGGGGAGACCCCAGAUGGAUCGUCCUCUGGCGACUUUAGUGAGGGGAUUUCAGCCCCCAUGGACUUCUACCGCUUUACCGUCGAGAGUCCAAACGCUGCUGCACCAGGUGGUGGCCACCAUGACACUCCAGGGCCUGGCCAACCGCCACAUGUUUCUGGUAGCCCUGAGGCUCCUGAAAAAGAAGAAAGCGGAGAGGGAGAAGCAGUUGGGGCAGUAGAAGAGUCUGGAGGAGUGAGCGUUGAACCCCAGAGUGCUCAUAUGGCCCCCACCAAUCCUGAGGCUGUCCGUGAGCAGAAGAAGGAGCAGCCCAGCCCUUCUCUGAGCAGCGCCGAGGACUCUGGGGUGGAGGAAGGUCAGGGCAGCCCUUCAGAGCUGACUCACCCUUCAGAGUUCAGGGUGGAUAACAACCAUCUGCUCCUGCUGAUGAUCCACGUCUUUCGGGAGAAUGAGGAACAGUUGUUCAGGAUGAUCCGAAUGAGCACCGGGCACAUGGAGGGGAACCUGCAGCUGAUCUAUGUCCUGCUGACAGAUUGCUAUGUGUACCUGAUCCGGAAAGGGGCAGCGGAGAAGCCGUACAUGGUGGAGGAGGCCGUUUCCUACAAUGAGCUCGACUACAUUUCUGUUGGGCUGGAUCAGCAGACGGUGACUCUGGUGUGCACCAAUCGGAGGAAGCAGUUCCUGCUCGACACCGCAGACGUGGCUCUCACAGAGUUCUUUCUGGUCUCCUUGAAGUCAGCCAUGAUCAAGGGGUGCCGGGAGCCCCCCUACCCCAGUAUCCUCACCGAUGCCACCAUGGAGAAACUGGCACUUGCAAAAUUCGUGGCCCAGGAGUCCAAGUGCGAGGCCUGCGAUGUGGUGGUGCGUUUCUACGGCCUCAUUCACUGGGAGGACCCCAUGGACGAGGCGCUGGGACCCUCUGCCAAUAGCUACACCUCUGCCGAAAACGCGGUCACAAAGGAUGGCAUCCUGCACUACAAGGCGGGCACCUCGUACCUGGGCAAAGAGCAGUGGAAGACCUGCUUCGUGGUGCUCAGCAACGGGAUCUUGUACCAGUACCCCGACCGCACCGACGUCACGCCUUUGCUCUCCAUCAACAUGGGCGGUGAGCAGUGCGGGGGAUGCCGGCGCUCCAACACCACCGACCGGCCCCACUCCUUCCAGGUGAUCCUGACGGACCGGCCCUCCCUGGAGCUGAGUGCCGACAACGAGGAGGACAUGGCAGACUGGAUGCAGUACUUCUGCCAGGCUGUCUCCAAAGGGGUGAUCCCCCAGGGUGUUGCCCCUACACCUUGCGUCCCCUGCUGCCUUGUGCUGACGGACCAGAAGGCCUUCACAUGCCACGAGGACUGCCAGACAAGCUUCUUCCGCUCACUGGGCACCAUGGAGCUGGCUGACAUCACUGCCAUCUCCACGGAGGCCGGCAAGGAGUACUGUAUCCUGGAGUUUGCUCAGGACCGCAAGCAGUUCCUGCCCCCCUGGGUGCUCUAUUUUAGUUGCACUACAGAACUGGAGAGGUUUCUCUCAGCGCUGAACGCUGCGUGGAGGAACAUCUACCAGGUCGACCUCCUGCACAAGGCCAUUCUGGAUGCCACUGUCAAGAAGAAGUGCGAGGACGCUCAGAGCCUCAUCAACAGCGCCUGGCAGCGCAGCGACAGCCUGUGCCGCGGACGAGCGGAGCGGGACCCCUGGUGUUAGCCCUGGCAGGGGCAGGACAGCUGGUGGGACGCCCUGAGGCGCUUUCAGAGAGCGGGCACAGCACGGAGCCUGUAACCAUCUGCCCUGGGGCCAACUGGCACCCCAAACCCUCCUGCCAUCGCUCAGUCCCCACCAGCAACGUGCCUGCGGGUGAGGAUCUUGCACCCCAUCCCCGCUGUGCUCUGCCCUGAGCCGGGGACGUGCAGCACGUUGGCGGUGCUGCUGCGGGGAGAGGCACGUGGUGACCAGAAACCUCGCCAUGCUGGAGCCGAGGCCAAGCUUGGCCUCUUUCCCUGUACAGCCUGCACCCUGCUCGUCAUCCAUCUGCCACGGGGCAAAAUAAUUUGCCUUUCAAGGAAUACCGUACUGGUAGGGAGGGCAGGGUGGGAGCGGGGUGGGCUGGGGUUGGGCACCCACCUGUCGCAGCAGGAGUGACAGUCAGCACGGCUUUGUUCAUUUUAGAACAGGGUAGGUGGCGGACGUGGCGAGACGGGAACACUAAAUCACUACCGUGCAUGUUUUCUCCUUGCUAAUACAAUCACCAUGUACGGCACCGCUUCGUCUCCUUCCCGGCCCACCUCUGGGCAUGGGAGCAUCUCACCUGGAGCUGGUGCAUCCAGACAUCACUGAGCUGAGGUUGAGAGCUGAGGUGGCGGGCAGGGAACGAUGGGAAAAAGGAAGAGGGAAUGGGGCCAAAAAUUUGGCUUUGAAUAUUGUGGCUGUUCACGAGCAGUACGGUUUUAGGAGAUGGCAGAAGCUGGCUCAAGGCUUGGACAUGUACUUGGACAAAACCCAGCCGGCCCCAUGUGCCGGGGGAGAGAAGGGAUCGAGUCCCGUGUUCUUCAAAUGUCCUAAGGGCUGCUGUUGUCAUGCCUGGGGCUUUUGGCUCGCUUCAUCCACCACCAGUGCAUGAGAGGGAGCAGAGACAGCAGCCCUGUGCUGGACCCAUCCCCCUGCCCUCUGCAGCGAGCCCCUUGGGGCACCGUUUGAGCUUUUAAACAAUAAUACAGAGAUCUCAUGUAAUAUAUGUUCACAAAGCCUUUUUCUGGGAGGAAACGUAUGUGACUGAAUGUAUAUGUAUAUACAUCUGCUUCCUUUCCCCCUCCCCAAAUAAAUGUUCAUUGGUAACUCGGA